AUGGCUGACAUCCAACAAUCCUUCAUAGAUGACAGCGGCUCCAGGCAUUGCCAUGGUGACUCAAUGCUCCAAGAGUAUCUACUGGCACUCCUGAGACAGCCUCUUCCGUCGUUAGAAUUUCCAGUCCCAUCAUUUGAGGACCCCUUUGGAGAUCCCAAAAUGGAGCCGCUGCCCUUCCAAAAGGAAGUCUCAAGCUCGGAUCAAUCAGAGACCGACUUUGAACAGACCGUGACUUUCAAAGACGAACCCAUCGUCGAUGUCGGAAGCAAGAAUGGAGUGAGCCAACAAGAUGAUGUCUCGUCUCCACGUCAGGAUCAGCAUGAUGAUGAUUCUUUGACCUCUUCCUGUGAAAACCAAGGUUCGAGGCGCACAGACGAAGCAGAGAAGAUCGCUCGAUUUCGGCCGUAUCAAGACAAGAAGUGGAAAGGCACUUUCCAAAGGCUCAUCAAGUUCAAGAACGAGUUUGGGCAUUGCUGUGUUCCACACUCCUAUGCAGAGAAUCCUGCCCUUGCUCGAUGGGUGAAGAGACAGCGUCACCAAUACAAGAAAUUCAUGGAAAACGACCCAACUUCUACUCUGACCACCAGUCGUCUUGAGAAGCUCGAGUCGGUUGGGUUUGUAUGGCACUCACAUGCUGCUGCUUGGCUUGAAAAGCUGGACGAGCUCAAGAACUUCAAGCAAGCACGAGGUCAUUGCAACGUCCCAUCGAGUUAUCCCGAGAACCCUGCCUUAUCAACAUGGGUGAAGUGUCAGCGACGCCAAUACAAGCUGCGAGUAUCCGGGUUACAAUCGACCAUGACAAUGGAUCGAUUUGGAGUACUGAAAUCGAUGUGUUUUGUGUUUGAGCCACGACUGACAACAUCGAAGAAUACCAAGCUUGAAAUGAAAGCACGCGCCGAAGUCAAAAGUUUUGAUGCUAGCCGAGAGUUAUUAGGACUACUAGUAUAA